UGCUGAAGAGUUAUUGCAGAAACUUUUGUCACCCGCGAGGCUGUGAUUUAUAGGGUUCUGUCCUUUUAUAAGGCUUGGCAUGCGGAUUUGUAUACGUUUACAGCGGUAAAUUAUGGUUACAGUUUAUCAAAAAUAAUAGUAAUAAUAAUAAACAUAAUGAUCAUGGGAAGUCGUGACUACCUUUUCAAAGUUCUGGUGAUCGGUGACCGUGAAGUUGGGAAGACGUCGCUGGUCCAGCGAUAUGUCAACGACAAGUUCAAUAAACAUUAUAAAUCUACAGUGGGAGUGGAUUUUGCAGUGAAGGUUAUCCAGCGGUCAGACACAGAGACAGUGAGGCUCCAGCUCUGGGAUAUUGCUGGACAGGAGCGCUUUGCCAGCAUGACCAGGAUCUACUAUAAAGAGGCGUCGGGCUGUUUCAUCAUGUUUGAUGUCAUGAACCCCACGACGCCGAACAACAGCCUGAAAUGGAAGCAGGAUCUGGACAGCAAAGUCAUGCGUGCCGAUGGGAGCCCUGUGCCAUGCUUGCUGCUUUUUUCACAGUGUGAUCUGUCUCCUUGGGCAGUGACUCACGAAAGCAUCGAUCUGUUCAGUAAAAAGAACGGGUUUGCUGGCUGGGUGGAGACUUCGGCCAAAGACAACAAGAACAUCAAUGAAGCAGCGAGGUGA